AUGAAGUCUGUCAUCGCAUUCACCUCCGCCUUCCUGGCAACCUUGAACCUGGUCACCGCUGCUCCCGCUCCGGCCGCAGCCCAGGCUGUCUCCGUCUCUUACGACCCCAAGUUCGACAUUGGCACCACUUCCUUGAGCACCGUCACCUGCUCCGACGGUAGCAACGGCCUGCUCACAGCAGGAUAUACUGAUUUCGCGUCCCUCCCAAUCGCCCGCAUUGGCGGUGCCCCCACCGUUGCGAUCUGGAACAGCCCGAACUGCGGUGCCUGCUACAAGCUUCACUACUCGAAUGGCAAGGUCGACGAGUCCAUUACUGUCAUUGCGAUCGAUUCUGCCCCCGGUGGCUUCAACAUCGGGAAGGGGGCCAUGGACCUGUUGACCAACAACCAGGCUGAACAGCUCGGCCGCAUUGACGCUACCUACGAGUUGGUGGCCGACAGCGAGUGCGGCCUGUAA